AUGGAUAAUAAAUCAGCGAACGAAUAUACUGAUACAUGGGGAUUAAAAGGAUUUUGUGGACGUUUGUCUGAAUGUCUUGAUCUACUAGGAUAUAGCCAAGAAAUGAUAUUGUAUAGAAGAGAAACACAGAAAAAGCUGGACGAAAUAUCCAACAGCAAGCCGUAUCCUGCAAUCUAUAUAGCAACAGGUUCUAAAGCCGAAGGAACUGGUCUAUACUUUGAAAGCGAUAUAGAUCGCAUGUAUGUUGCAAAAGGAGUAACUUGUAUUCAGGAAGGGUUCUCAUAUUCCCGUUCUAACAUGUUUCUUCUAGACAAGUCAAGUUCUUCUCCUGGUUAUACUCGACUUAAACUCGUGCAUUUCUAUGACACGAAUAGUAUCAUUAGCAAGUAUUUGGUGUCAGAGUAUAAAGCAACAUAUAUUGCUAAUAGCUUUUCUAUGUUGCCUGAAAACUUUCACAUGAUUGACAUAAACGGUGUGAGGUUAUCUAAAAAAGAUAAAAGCGGACCAUCUGCACCUUAUGGAAAUCCAUCUAUCAAGUAUGACUUUGUGUCUGCAUUCGAAUGUAUUUGUCCAGACAUAAUUCAGGAGUGGGUACGCCGGCCGCGAUAUAACGGCUGGCCCGACCCUAGAUUGAUUAAACACAUCUCUUCCUUAGAGGGACAUGUAGUUCCGGUCGCAAACAAAGGCAGUAAGUUUCCUGAAACAGAAUGGAGAAUUUGCUUCACAAAAGCUGAACUGUUGCUAAUGCAUUCUCUGACUGAAUUUCAAAUAAAGUUAUAUAUUCUUCUUAAACUCAUUUCAAAAUCAGUGUUACAACCGCUGUGUUCGGAAAUAUCCUCAUAUGUAAUGAAAAACAUUGUGUUCUGGACAGUUGAAACAAAUCCGAAGGAGAAGUUCUCACAAUCGUUCCUAAUUGUCAGGUUAAUUGAUUGUCUUAUCUAUCUUAAAGAUUGUUUACAAUCAAAUAAUUUGAGGAAUUACAUGAUUGCACAUAGAAAUCUGUUUGAAGGACGCGUUUCAGAAUGUGAACGGGAAAAACUUGUAAAGAAAAUUGAUGAAUUGCUAAGUGAAAAAGAGAACAUAUUUCAACAUUGUGAUAAAAUACGGGUAGCCAUGGUGAAACUAAAAGAAUCUCCGCAAGAAUUUGCAAUGGAAGCCAAGAAACGCGACAAAAUUGAAAAACUUGUUUAUAACAAGAAUGUGACAUUUAGGGAGACAUAUUUCCCUGGUUUAACCGCAAAAGCAUUGCAAGAUCGACUCAACGCCAGUACAGUUUACACAGACUAUGAAAAGACAUUGACUGAGCUCAUUGUUCCAGAUCAGAUAGAUAUUGCAAAUAGGGGUCAGAACUUGGCUGACGUCUUUACAAAAAGGAUGUCAUCUAUUCUGUCGUAG